CACAGCCAGCGUUGCGUCCCUGAACGAGCCUAGGGAACUGAUGGCGUCUUUCCGAUUGGGUGUGUGUCAAAAUUUCCACCGAAAUUCAUGACUUAGGUGCGUUAAUUCCAUUCAACACAAAGCGGGUGUGGAGUCAUGGCGUCGUCAUGGGAGAGCUUCAUUGCUGCCUCCACCUCGGCAGCCCCAGCACACACCAGCGUUUCAGCCACGCCCGCUGCAGCUGCUGCAUCACCCGGUGGGGGUCCCAUCAUUACGCCAGCGGCCACGUUGCCCCAGCAGAGUUAUAACCCCUCAGACCCUGCCCACCACCAGCCCCCACACCAUCCCCCUGUCACGCACUAUCAGCAACAGCCACAGCACCUACAUGUUGGACAGCCACCGCACCAAGGGAUCAGGGUCAACAUUCCUUCCCAGGUAACCAUUGGGAGUAGUGGGCCAACGACACCAGUUCCGCAGACUCCUGUGGGAGGCCCUCCCCCGUUCGUUGCCCCUGUGCACGAGACGGAUCUUCCACAGGAAAUGCUGGUCGCUGGAUGGAGGAAAUUCUGGAGCAAGAGGGAACAGCGCGUGUAUUUUUGGAAUCGCACCACAGGGGAGUCACUAUGGGACAUGCCACCAGGUCAUGCCUCCCAUGCUUCACAACCAUCCGGGCAGCAUCCUCCACCUCAGCAGCAGCAGUAUGAUCCUAUAAGUGAUCCACUAGGGAUACAAAAUCCUACCAAUGGAAGCAGUUCCAGUGCCAACAACUGUCAGAGUGGCAGUACAGCAACCAACAGCAGCAGCCAUCCGGGAAGCAGCACCACGGCCCCAGUCCCCUCCCCUGCUCCAUCAGUCAUAUCAGGAGUCAAGCGCCGAGCAUCUGAGGAGGCUUCUGGAGCUCCUGUUCCUAAGAAAUUUGUUUUGGCAGGCCCAUGGGAUUUAGAAAUUCCAACCAACGUCAUCAUGUUUGAGCGUCCGCCAAUCACCUUGCCACAACCGCAUCCCAGUGUAGAAGUUCUGCGGGGACAGCUAGUGUCAAAGUUACGCUCAGGAUACCAGGAAAUGUGUCUGGCGAGACAAGGCAUUGAUGCGCCAAGAGAUUCCUUUAGUCGGUGGUUGAUGGAACGGAAAGUGGUUGAUCAAGGAUGGGAUCCACUACUUCCCAGUCAGUGUUUUCCUGAAGUUAGCCAGUCCAUGUAUAGAGAAAUCAUGAAUGACAUCCCAAUUAAACUGCAGCGGCCAAAGUACACAGGUGAAGCCAGAAAGCAGCUCUCUAAAUAUGCAGAAGCAGCGAAAAGAAUGAUUGAGACGAGCCGGAAUGCAAGUCAAGAAAGCAGAAAAAUUGUUAAAUGGAAUGUGGAAGACACUUUUCAAUGGUUGCGGAGAACAAUUGGUGCAACUUUUGAUGACUACAUGGAAAGACUGGCACAUCUCAAGAGACAAUGUCAACCUCAUCUCACUGAGGCAGCCAAGCAGAGUGUAGAAGGCAUCUGCACAAAGAUCUACAACCUGUCUGUGGAACAUGCCAAAAAAAUUAGAGAGAAACACCUGCAGAUUUUGGAGGAAAACAAUAUCAGAGAAGUGGGAGUGCCAGCUGUCAGUGGGUUGCGGAAAGUUUGGUGUUACCCGGUACAAUUCACAACACCUAGUCCACGGCCGCCUCCGAUUGACUUUAUGCAAGACAAAGAUACAACCUGUUUAAGAUAUAAUGGAGAAGCUCUCAGAAUCAACACACAGCUUUUUUCCCAACAGGAGCAGUUAUAUCGUUACAACUGUUUUGAUGACCGCAAAUUUGAAUUAUUUUUGCCUAGAGUAUGGUGUUUAUUGAAAAGAUACCAAACCCUCCUCGGGACCAGCCCUAACGAGGGCCAUGGGACACAAGCAGGACUACCAGUGACAGUUCUGGAGUGUCUACACAAACACUUUGGUGUUACUUUCGAGUGCUUUGCAUCUCCACUGAACUGUUACUUCAGACAAUUCUGUUCUGCUUUCCCAGACACAGACUCUUACUUUGGAUCAAGAGGACCAAUUUUAGACUUCAAACCAGUUUGUGGUUCCUUUGAGGCCAACCCUCCAUUCUGUGAAGAGCUAAUGGAAGCAACUGUGCGUCACUUCGAGAAACUGUUGUCGGAGUCACACGAACCUCUCUCCUUCAUUGUGUUUGUACCAGAGUGGAGGGAACCAGCUCCCUCCGCUCUCCUACACUUGGAGGCCUCCAGAUUUAACAGAAAGCAAGUUGUUCUACUUCCACUUGAACAUGAAUACAGACAUGGUUUCCAACACUUCAUGUCAAAGUCUGAGGUAGUGUUGAAGAGUGCCCACGGAACAGUUGCUGUCUGGCUUCAGAAUGAUGCUGGAUUUUCUCGCUGGGGCCCUACCCCAGACAGAGUUGAUGCCCUAUUAGAAGCCUACAGACCGGGCCGUGAGCGGGACCGUGACCGCCAGGAGAUGCUUUCCCCACCACGGAGGGACUCGAGUGCUGAAGCUCCUCCUCCCUAUGUUGAUGUAAAAGCUGCUGGAAGCUCUCCACUAGCCCCUCCCACAGCCCCGUCAACUGCUGUUCCCUCUGCCAUCUUAACCACCUCCCCUUCCCCAGCUGUGCCUCCCAUUGCUCCAACGAGCCCUGCUACAACCACCACCAUCUAGAAAUCAUGGGUAAACGUUAGCUAGUUUGCUCUGUGCGAAGCUUGCAUCUGCUGUAAAAUGCUGGGUGCCAGACUUUAAAAGGCUGUAGUUAAAAACAUGGGAUAAUAUGUUCUUUCCUCAACUCUGCUAAGUGUUUGAUAUGUGUUCACAGGGUAGAUGGAGAAAACUUAAAUACUGACUGGGAAAUAGCCUGUAAUGUGACCACACUCUGUUAAUAACAUUUACCCAUUUGAAGGUGGAAGACGGCAAAAAGAUUUGUGUUCUAGUGUUCCUCAUGGAUAUAGAUGAGUUUUGUUGAGUUUUUUGGUGAUAUUAAUUUAUAUUUGCUAAUCUGAUGGAAAGGAAAGGGAUGAUUGAGGUUGAAUCAUGCUCACUUUUCUAUUUAUUUUUUUACUUGUAAUUUGUUUUGCCUUUUUUUUCAUAACUUCUUGUAAGAGAAAUUACUUUUAAAGGAUCCUAAUUUCAUUUUAGAAACAUAAGAUUAUAGAUGGAUAGGUUAUUUCAUGUAAUGGUUAGUCUUACUUGCCCUAUUUGGGAGAUUACGUUCAAGAGGUAGUGAGAAGAUUUUUAUUUGAUGUUUUUAUGUUUCUGAAGAGGUAGUGGUUGACUGCCUGAUGUAAACAGGGCCUUUGUUGGUGAGCAGGAAUUACUGAGCUGAUGAUAAGGAUGGUGAAUGGUAUGCCAAGGGACAGAUGAGAAUGAUGUUACAAAGUAGCAGAAAUUUCUUUGAGAGGGUGGGGAUGUGAAUUGCAUCAGAGGAAAGGUGAUAGUAAAGAAGAUAAAGUAAAGAAGAAAUUGGAAAGAUGGUGGAGUGGUGCAGAAAUAUUGUGCAGGUCUUUUUUUUAAUUUCUUCUGUAUUUAUUUGCUUGGUAUUUUUAUUAAGAGAAAAAGAAAAUGAAAAAAAAGCUAAUUGGAAAAAGUUGAGCUUUUGUGCCGUCUUUUUUAGUGUCAUGUUGCACAUUACGUGUAUAGCUUCUGUUGAUUUUAUGAUGUAGAAUUGUAAAGAAAAGUAUUGUUUAUAUAUAUGUUUGAUAUGUAUUUUAUUUACAUACGUGAGUUUUUUUUUUAUUAGUCUGGCAUUAUAGUACUUGACUGUACUGAAAAUAAAUAUGCAUCAAUA